AUGGCUCUAACAAUAGCACCUGAAGGGGGAACACUUCUUGUCAGGAAAUUACCAGCUGCAGAUCCACAGUGUGUUUUUGUUGGGGAUGUGGUGGUGAUGAAGGACCCUGAAAAAUCAGAUAGUUAUCUGGUUAGAAGAUUGGCUGCAACUGAAGGCUAUGAAAUGGUUUCAAAAGAUGAAAAAGAAGAACCUUUUGUACUUGAGAAAGAUCAGUGUUGGGUCUUGGCUGACAAUGAGAAUUUAAAGCCUAAGGAAGCGAAAGAUAGUCGGUUAUUUGGGCCUGUGUCAAUGAAUGAUAUAAUAGGGAGAGUGUUAUAUUGCCUGAGAACAACAGUGGAUCAUGGUCCAAUUCAGAAUAGUCAAUUCAGCAUGCAGAAGGAUUUGCCUGUAUCGGAAGUGGAAUUGGAUGUUGAUGAAAUGGCAAAAAACCACAAAGCUUAG